AUGGUAAUCCUGGAAAAAUGGGAGCCGAUAAUCUCACCAGCAUUUCCCUCUCAGAUCCCCUUAUGGAUCUCCCUGCGAGGACUCCCACUUCACUACUGGAAAAGAGAGCUUCUCUACAGCAUCGGUGACAAGAUAGGUAACCUAAAAUCCUUCGAGUUAACGUCGUCGUCUGCAAAGAUAAAGAGUGGAAAUCAACGGGCUAGAGCCAAUAACAAAAGAGGCUAUCAUAGAAUUCGAAGGAGGAAGCGAAGCCCUAGUUACCUUGGAGUACCAUAA